AUGCCCAACGGCUGCUGCGGUGGCUCCAACAGCUACGCUGUCUGUUGCUACAGCACCAAGAAGUCCUGCUGCAAGAAGCCAAUGUGCUGUGCACCCAUGCAGUGCUGCUGCCCCACCACCUGCUGCAUGCCUUCCCAGUGCUGCAUGCCCUCCCAGUGCUGCUGCCCCACCACCUGCUGCAUGCCCCAGACCUGCUGCUACAUCAUGAGUGGCAACAACAACAACAGCUGCUGUGGUGGCAACGGAGGCUGCUGCGGUGGCAACUAA